AUAAUACUAUAUGAUGGCAUUAAAAUUUUGCUACACGUCAAUGCAUCAGUAAUUGUAUUGUUGUAGGCUAUAUGAUAAUAAAGCAUUUUGGAAUGGGCUUUUGCAAGUGUGUACUUUUAUUUUUUUAUCCAAAGCGUUUGCUGAAAUGUUGUACUGGUUGAACUGAUGUAGGCAAUUGUUUGUUGAGUAUUGAUUUAUUACUAUAUUUGCUUGGAAGUUAUAUCUGUUUUCAAAUUUUUUUUAUUUUUUAUGUUUGUUUAUAUAUGUUUGUUUUUACCUAAAUAUUACCGAGCCCGUGCUCAUUACAUGUAGUCUACCAUCGCUGUGAAUUUUGUAUAAAGUUUAACCGGCUUGUUUUUAAAACAAUCUGCAUUUCUAGGUUUCAUUUGUCCCAUUCAUUCAUGUGUCCGAGGGUUUCUUUUCUUCUGUGACGUCACUAGUUCCCAUGGCAGCCUGGCCGUCUCAAGGGAAACUGAAAGCGUCAACAGGAACAGUCCAGACGUUCAGUUAGCAAUAGCUUUAUAUUUACAGUUAUGCUAACGCUAGUUUUUACUGGAUUGUUUUGCACAAUCGUACCGGCUGCCGUUUGGAGGGAGUAGUAGAGUAUUUUGGGGAUAAAACUGUGCUGAUCUGAAUGGAGUGUUUUGGAGUAUCGUCUGUUCAAAACCUACAAGCUCUGUCUGCCUUGUUAUCAACUCAGCAGGAUAAUGAUGAUGAAGACUGUGAACAGAAUGCGCCUGCCUGUGCACAUCUGGGUCCUGGACACAUUGGCCCUCCAUCCAAAAAAGAUAAAGAAGAGUCAGCUGCCUAUGUGAGGAAGACCAGCAAAGAUAUCUGGAGUGAGGAGGAGGUGGCUGAGGGCUCCCAGUAUGAUGAUCUUGAUGACCCACGGCCCCAGCCUGAGUAUGAAAUAAUCCUGAAGCAGAGUGUGGGGACAGAGGAUCUGUUCUUGGGCUUGAACAGAAAGGACCCAUCCUCCAUGAGCUGUGAAGCCAUGCUGGUGAAAAUCAAACUACCAGGCACUAAAGCAACAGACGUGGCCCUGGAUGUAAAAGAAAAGUUCCUUGAUCUACGGACGCUAAAAUAUAAACUGGGUCUUCAUCUCCCACAUCCGAUCCACAGCGAUGGGGGGAAGGCUCAGUUCUUCAGUGAGAGGGAGGAACUGGAGGUGACUCUACUGAUGAAACGGCCCAUGGAUUUUGUCAACAUGGCCUAAGACGGAAUGAUAACAGCAAACAAGUAUUGAAAAGUUGGAGCAGAUGUGAACCCAGUGGACAGUUGAGAUGACAUGUACACUGAUUAUUAAUUAAAUAAAGACAUGGUUAGAGGAAUGAUCAGCACAACCCAUUUGUUGAAUUUAUUGUAUUUUUACAUCUGUCCCAUCUGAUUUUAUUAAAAUGUGGUU